UUCCUGUCUUCUAACAGGCUUCUUAAAGAAGAAAUACAUGCAGAUGUCACUUUUUGUGUUGGUCAUACUCUAUUCAGAGCACAUAAAGCAGUGCUUUUAGCAAGAGUUCCAGACUUCUUCUUAUACUGUACCAGAAAACAAUUAACUAAUCUGAAAGACCAUGAAACUUUUAAUCUGGAGAACUUCGAGCCCUCAGAAUUUAAAACAUUUCUGCAGGUUGUAUAUUCGUCUGAUAAAAACAUUAGGGAAAUCGAGGAAGAAACUCUGAGGAAAAGAGUCCUGGAGCCCAGACAAACACAGGAAAAUGAAAGCCUUACAUCUGGUAGUCUUCAGAACACUCAAAUAUCAGGUGUAAAAUGCAUUGGAAGUGAUAAAACAACUUUUGUUAAUCAGCAUUUUCUGGAUGGAGCCAUAGAAAGAGAAGUUGUUUGUUCACCUAAUACUGAAGAUGAAAUUCUAGAAGCCAGUCAUGCUGAAGGCAAUGCAACUAAGCCAGGUAAUUCUGAACUAGAAACCGCAUCUGGGUUAGGAGAAGACUUAAUGAUGCUCUACAAGAAAUGUUGUUGUCCAGAUAUUAAUAUUUGGAUAGAAGGCAACCAGUUUCAAGCUCACAGGGCUAUUUUAUGUGCCAGAUCUAGUUACUUUGCUGCUAUGCUGAGUGGAAGUUGGGCUGAAAGCUCCCAAGAGCACAUCACUCUUCAAGGCAUAAACCAUGUAGAAAUGAAUGUCCUAUUGUAUUUUAUAUAUGGAGGAAUGCUGGACUUCCCAAACAAAGCUGAUGCUGGUCGAAUACUCAGUGUUGCUGAUAUGUAUGGGCUAGACGGACUGAAAGAAGUAGCUAUCUAUAUUCUCAAAAGAGACUACUGCAAUUUUUUUUCAAAGCCUAUUCCUGGAAGGCAGCAACAUGUGCUAGAAUGCCUGGCUAUUGCUCAUUCAAUGGAAGUCGAGAACCUUUAUGCUGCUUGCAUGAAAUGGAUAGUAAAACAUUUUGUGAAAUGUUGGUCAGAGAGGAGCUUUGCCAGUUUACCCACUGAGCUUCAGAACAACUGUCUUACUGUGAUGAUUCAGUCUUUGAACCACAAGAAUGCAGCUUCUCUUUUGAUGGAAAGCGACCGGCUGCUCGGUAGUCUUCCCCAAGUGAAAUGGUCUGAAACGGGUCUGGCCUUGGCAUCUAAGCUUCAAGAAGAAUGCAUAACAUUUAUUGUAACAAACUUCCCUCAUAUAAUAGAGAGUGAAAGUUUUCAUAUUUUCUUGCAGGCACAGGCAAUGAGCAGCAAACCUGAUCUUCUAGAACAAGUUUUAAAAGCAAUUGAGAAAAACAUUAGCAUUGAAAACAGUUGCUUUCUUCUUAUAGCUGUGGAUACUUUGUUGAGCUCCACAAAUGUGAAGGAAAUGGGUUUUACAUGCAAGAUCCAGGCUCUGCGUGAUAAGCUGUGGAUCUUCCUGGUUCAGUCUUUUUAUGCUGUUCGUCACACAGAAAGCUGGAAGCUGAUGAGACCAGAUCAUCAAGAGAAAAUACAAGCAGCUGCUUUUGACAAAGGGGAUGAUCGAAGACUUGGCAAAAAACCUGUAUUCACUAGUUCUCAGCUAAACAGACGCAUUACUGACUCUGUUGAUAUAAGGCACACUUCCUGGAAAGUAAAAGGCAAGAGAGAUUAUUGCGGCAGUUCCUUCACUAAUCGGGAUAAAAUGAAAUCUGAUGGAUUAGGAGCAUCUGGACAUACAUCAAGUACCAACAGAAACACUGCUAAUAAGACUUCAAAACAUGAUGACUUAAAGGGAAAAGAUAGUAAGAAAACAGUUUCCAAAAUUACAAAAGAUUCAAAAACUGGGGAAAAAGUUGCUUCACCAAAGGCUAGAGCUGUCAUAAAGCCAAAAAUAGAAAGUAAUGGAAAUGCUAAGGCUGAAAGCUUGAUUACCAAACAAGAUUCAGAAAGGUCAUCAUCUGCAAGUGGGCAAAAAAAUUCUGGAAGUGGAAAAGGUGUAAAAAAUCAGGAAGGAAAAAAUUCAGGUGCCAGACCUAAAGUACUUACUGGAAGCCCAAGUGUGCAAAUCAAAACAAAGCCAUUGAAGAAAACCACAGGGAAAGACUCACCCUCUCUAGUAACAGAGACAGGAACUUUCAGCAAGUCAACAAACUCAAGUACAGAUUUACAGAUUUCCAAUGAACAACUAGAUGAACCCAAAGAGGAUAAACCAGUAGAUGAAGGAAAAAUAUAUAUCGCAAUGAAAACAAAGUCUGUUUUGAAGUUGACUAAUGGAGCUACUAACAAAAAAGCUAAUGAACUUGAGACGAACGUUACAACAAAUAGGUUAAAAAAAACCACUGUGAAAGGAUACAAUGAACAAAGUCCACAAACUGUUUUGAAGAAAAAGGGAAAUGUGAGUGGCAAUUCUACAGCUCAGCAGAAGACAAAGAAUGCACCAGCUAAUGUUGCCAAAAACCAAGGACCACAAGGAGAUUCACAAAAUUCAUUAAAAUCUGGAAUGGCUCCGAAACAAAAUGAAGGAAAAAACAUGAUGCAAAAUUUUUCUCAGACAGCACUUUCAGAAAAACAACCUUCAUCUAAGAAAAAGAGUAUUAAACAAUCACAAACAUCUGCAGUUAAAGCCACUGCAAAAAUAAUAACACCACCCAAAAAUCAAACCCAUUCAAAGAAAGGUGAGACUAUAAACAGUAAAGACCCAAAACAGAAAAUAGUUACUGGGCAGCCUAUAUCAAAAGCUCAAUCUUCAACACAAAGACAUUCAAGAAGUGAAUCUCCUGUUGUCCAGAAAAACGUGCAUAGUCCUGAACAGAAAAUUUCAGAACAGAAACUUGAACAACACACAUUUGCUGCUUUUGCAAUUCAGCCACACGACAAUAACAAAUGCAGCCCUGCAAAACAAAGUAAGUGUGAAAAAUCUAUGAUAGAGUGUAGCAGAGGAGACCUACUCGUGGAAUCAUGGCAACCUGAUCCAAGAAAAUUAUUGGAUCCUCUUGAAAAUGGGGAAUACAAAGUAGAAACCAAACCUUUUUGUACUCUAGUUAGAGGACAAAAUGUUCCUAAGCUGAAUAUUUCAAUGCAAAACGACAUGGAAUCAAAACAGGUUUGUGAAGAUGAAAUUGAAAUUAAAUAUCCAGUAGAUAAAAACAAAGAUGAUGGUAAUACAACUGAAUUUAAUUGUUAUACAGAGCCUAGUAGAAAUGCAUACUCAGUCAUUUGCAAGAAUACUGGCCAAAAACUCCCUACUUCAGUUUCAGAAGAGAGAUUGAAAAAGUGCAAAACUGUUUGUGAUUCAGCUCAGAAAUACUUGGGAUAUUCAGGAAACAGCAAAGUAUGUUUAACACAAGCAAUAGAAGACUGUGUGGGACAGAAUGAUACCUUAAACACUGAAAUGGGCAUUAAUUAUGGAGAGGAUCACUUACCCAGCUUUUCUAAGGUAACAAAUGCCUCUAAUUCGGAACAAGAUGAAAGAAAAUCCUCUAAGACUCAUGUAAAGGGAUUUGCAAGUGCUGGUCAAUUGUCUGAUAAAUCAGCCUUGACCGAAUACAGGUCUGCUACAGUAGACUCUGAUGCUGCUUCAAAAUGUUUCACAGGACAGGUUACAGAAAAAUGUUCACCUAAAGAUAUGGAUACUACAGAAACACCAGAAAGCCAUGAAAAUUCAGAAACUCCCUUUGUGGAUCGUUGGAAUUUGAGUACAGGUGUGUUGGAUCCAAAAGAGAGUCCUGAAUCUGAUACCGGCAGUGCAACAACAUCUUCUGAUGAUAUCAAACCAAGAUCAGAAGACUAUGAUGCUGGAGGCUCUCAGGAUGAUGAAGGAUCAAAUGAGAGAGGGAUUUCUAAAUGUAGCACUAUGUUGUGCCAUGAUUUUCUUGGAAGAAGCAGCAGUGAUACAAGUACACCUGAAGAACUAAAAAUCUAUGACAGUAGUCUAAGAAUAGAAGUGAAAAUGAAAAAAGAGGGUUCGGAUCUUUUUCGUGUUAAUUCAACAAGUGAUGAUGAGAUACCAAGAAAAAGACCUGAAGUGUGGUCACAUCAAGGUGUAUUAAGGGUCAAUACUAGGGAAAAUGAAAACACUACUUUUGGCAGCACACAAUUUACUCAGGAAGCAGACCAAGUUUCCUCUUCUGCAGAUGAAACGGAAGAUGAAAGAUCUGAAGCAGAAAAUGUAGUAGAAAGCUUUCCUCCAUCUGACCCUCCUACUCAGCCAUUCCAAGGAAUUGUUAAUUUAGCUUUUGAAGAUGCAACAGAGAAUAUUGAAAGUCAAGAAUUUUCUACAACUAAAAAUUUUAAGCGAUCUCUUUUACUUUCAGUAGAUGAAUGUGAAGAGCUGGGAUCUGAUGAUGGAGACGCUCAUGCUCCCCUUCAGCAUUCCAUAGAUUCCCCUACUCCUUCUGAUGUUUUUGAUAGUGUAUCUCAGGAGCAUCAUGAAAAGACUUAUUAUUCAAGGUAUUCAUUGGAAACUGAAGAUGGAUUCCUGGAGUGCAAACAACAAGAAAAGGAUAGAAGUGAGAGAUUAGAUAAAAGUGAGCACUUUUUUCUAGAUCCCCAUAGCCCAGAAAUCAAAGGAAAAGAUAAUCAGGGUGCUUCAGUGACAGAACAAAAUUGCCCAGAGAAAGUACUCUCAGUAGCAGAUAGUCAGUGUUCAAUAGAAGAGCAAAAGGUAAAUAGUAAGAACGAAGAGAUUAACGAAAUUCAACAGUGCAAUAAACUUUCAGACAAUGACACAAAGUCUCAAGAAAGACCAUGUCAUUUGGACCUUCAUCAAAGAGAUACUAAUUGUGACAUGCAAAAGAAGAAUUCUGCAAAACCUGUAAAACCCUGUAAGAAUCAGUUACUGACUCUGGAAGGUCAAAUGAGAGAGUGUCAACGAGCACCUACUGAAUACACUAAUACUGAUUUACCUGCAGGAGACAUAGAUGAUUGUGACGUAUUGGCACAAACCUGCAUGUAUGAGCAUCGACCUUCAAAAACCCUUUCUCCAAUAUAUGAGAUGGAUGUUGGAGAAGCUAUUGAGCAGAGGAUGGAGUCAGAAAGGGACAUUCUAGAUGUGGAUUUUGAAGAUCAGCAAUUUGCAGAACAGGACUGGACUCUUCUCAGGCAAUUGUUAUCUGAGCAGGACUCAAACAUUGAUUUCAAAAACUCUAUUCCUGAAGACCUUAACUUAGCACAAUAUCUUAUCAAUCAGACACUACUUCUGGCAGGAGAUGGUUCAAAGCCUCAGGGUAAAUCACAUGUUGAUACUUUCAGUAGAUGGACUGAACUAAUGUCACCACUGGAUGAUUCUUCAGCAAGUAUCACAGUGGCAAGCUUUUCCUCUGAAGAUUGUUCUUCUCCUCAAGGGGAAUGGACAAUUCUUGAACUGGAAACCCAUCAUUAAAGUGAUCAAAUGUUUGAAAAUGGACUCCACCCCCUACCCCAAAUCUAUUUUUUGAUGCAUUGUUUCCAUACAAUAAUGAAAUACUGCAUCAGUUAAGAACACCCAAUUCUUGAUACUGAGGCAAUCUUUCCAAUAUAUUGAGGUGCAUACUGUUAAUUUAUAACCUAGCUUUAAUCACAAAUAGAAUAAUUUUUCAAAGCUGAAAUAGAUGUUUUUCUAAAAUCAACUUUGAGCAUGUAUUUUCUAAAAUUGUUAGAAAAAUUAGAUGACUUGCAAGAAAAAAUAUUGGUUUAAACUCCAUCUUCUGUCCCCUUUCUGUCAUUUGUUAAUAUAUUCUUUAUUGAGCAUGGAUUUUAACAUGUGACUGCACAAUAAGUAGCGCCAUUUUUUCCUUUUUGCUCUUCAUACAGUGACUUGGUGAUUUUUCAACAAUAAAAGAUUGAGAGUUGUGUUGAAAGGUGUUGUGUUCCAACAGUACUUUAAAUAUUAGAAAUUUAUAUUUGCAUUUACAGAAUGUAAAAAGUUUUGGACUCUAUUUACAUAAGCUGCUUAUUCAGUUUGUUUCCACCGGAUUGAUUUUGUAUAUUUUUGUUUGUUUUGAAAAUUUUCAAUAAUUGUUUUUAAAUUGUCAUUUAUUUAAAUACAAGACUGCAGAGGUACUGUAAGAAUGGUACAGUUCCUCUCUUGGGAACACAAAUACAUUCCCUUACUUCAGGAAAUAAUGGCAUGGUGUAUGAAUCAGAAUGUUAAACCUGUUCUGAAAUACUGUGUCUAACAGCUCAAAAAGUAGAUUCAGUCUGAAGUUUUAGCAGUGGCACUCUUGCCUUCUUCACUUUAAAAGUCCAUGUUUGAAGUGGAAUUUUAGUUGUGCUACAACUCAAGAUACUUUUGUGCCACUCCCCUACUGUCUAAGUCAUAACUAGUUUAUUGGGGUUUUCAAAAUCCCAGUGUGUCUUCUAUCUUUGAGAGGGUGUUAGGGUUUUUGCUGUCUCUUUUUAAUCUCAUAAUGCCUCUAAAAACUUCCUUAAAGAGGCCCAGUGUCUCAUCCUCUUGAUUAAGGAGAACUGAGAAGGAAAUGCUUCUCACCAUGUUUGCUCUGCUCAUUCUGCUGCUAAAGAAGAUGGCAGUUAAAUGACAUGAGCAGGGUUUUUUGUUGUUGUUUUUGGGGAUGUGGGUUAAUAAGGGGGAUACUUUCCAGGUGAGGGAUAUUGGACCAUAUUCUUCAUGCCAUACUGAGGCAAAACGCAGCAAUAAGGGAUGGUCUUAUGUAAACUAUACAAUAUUGCUUCUGCAGAUCCCCUCCUGUUAAUGACCAACAGGAGAUGUGCCUUCAAAUGGGAGUGCUACACUGCAGUAACAAAUUACUAAAAUGGUGAUAUUUUAAAAAAAGACUUUUUUACCAAAAGCCUAACUUGCACUGGUUACAGCCAAGGAUAAUACAGGCGGGUGUUUUGCAAACUUUUGCACAAUUCUGCCAAUGCACCUUAAUCCUGGUCUGCAGGUAUUCCUGUUAUCUUGAUCCUAUGCUAUUUAUAAGCAGAGACUGACAGGAGUCUUGAAUUGUGAAGUCGCUUUGAGAUGUGGCUAAGCAGUGACUGCUGAACUAACUUUCACUUUUGACCUAAUCAGCAUUUUGAUCUCAGAACUCAUGACUUGGAAAGGCUGCUAUACACUGACUUGAGUGUCUGUCAAUACAAUCAACAUUUUAUUGAAGCAGAAUUAUAAAUUGGUAGAGGAAGAAUUUUACCUUCUAAAUAGAGGUUAAAGGAAAGAUAUUAAUCUCCCCUUCAUGUCUGUGCCCAUGAUCCUUAGAAGGGAGUUCAGUCUUGGCUGCAUGCCCAUCCCCAGCUUUCUUAUAGAGGAUUCUCCCCAAGGGUUCCUGUGAGGAGGCUAGGGCCAUUAGUUGGACUCCUGGAUAUCCUAUCCUAAACCCACAAAGGAAGCAGCAUAAAUUAAUACAGCCUGAGUUUGUACAAGCUCAGCAUCUUACCCAUUGUAGUCUGUAUUUGCUACGUUAUCCACAUUUGGUGGAUGCGGGAGGGGAGAUUGCUGCAGCUAGGGGAACUCCCAAAAGCAAAUCUCCUCCAAGAUCAGGAGACUCCAUUUACGUGCUCCAGUUCUGAGAGGAGCACAGAUAUUGAAGAAUCUGUGGGAUAAGGGAAAGCCACCAUUGUCUUCUAUAGAGGGGUUCAAAGAACUCAAAAUAGAGAGAACACAAGUUUCUCACCCCAAACAUGGUUAUUCCCGUGUAGGAGACAAUAAGGACCAUGGAAGGUAUAAAAUAAAAACAUGUAAUGAACUCUAAAUUGAUGAAGGCACAAGAGGGUAUUAAUUUUUACACAAAGUAAUAUGGGAGAAGAAAAGGUAAAAGAUCAGAAGAGUAGACAGAGAAUGAAAGAGAAGGAUCCUUCUGCGCUCUCUCCCCUUUCCUUUAUAUUUUCUUGUUUUCUUCAAGUGCAGCUCAUAUCUGAAAAGUGACUGAAAAAUGACAUGUUUCCCUGUUUGUGUGUCUGACUCACAGAUCAAAUAUGUUUGUUACAGUUAAAAUGAUGCGGAUUUUUUGUUUUGUUUUCUUCUGAAUACCAGCUCUCAUUUUUCAGGCUAGAAUUUGAAAGUCAACCUGUGUUAUUUUCUCAGGUCCUCAGUAAUAUAGCUACAACUUCUUCAAUGGAUUGGAACAGGUGUAACUAAGUGGAAUUUAGUAAAAAUUUUGUCGAUGCACAAGAAAUAAUAGAAUCCAGCUCUCUCUCAGCCAUGUUGGCUCUGCAAAGCCAAUAGGAGUAAAAAGUAGUAAUAUUAUUCAUUAUCUGUAUUGCCAAAGUGCCUAGGAGCCCUAGUGAAGGACCAGGACCCCGUUGCACUAGGUCUUUUACAAACACAGAACUAAAAGAUAGAUUGUAAGUUCUUUGGGGUACAGACUAAGUAAGACAAAAGACAACAGAUUAAUAUAGAUGGGAAUACAAGAAAAUGAUGAGAGCAGAUAAGAAACUUCUGUCUCUGUGACGGGAGGAGGGAGAGAAUUGUAGGAGGAGAAGAGGAAAGGGAAGGUAAACCAAGGGGAUGGGGAAAGUCACGUUGUAUUUUGUCAACUUUUUCUUGGAAGAACUUACCCUAGCAUCUAACAAUUACAAUAAAGUCAGCAGAUAUGGCUGUGAUGCUCACAGGGAAUAGAUCUGUUGAGUAAGAAGGUCCUCCUUAUAAGUGCUUUGGAGGCAAUUGGUAAAGAAAAGCAAUACUGAUGCUGUCCAAGAAAUAUGUCCAUCUGCAAGAUGGCAGUUCUGGCCAGCAUGAAGCCUGGCUGUACAUCUUGAAUAACUGUGGACUAUAUUUCUAUUUUUGAACUCUGCUUCAAAGUGGCACUGAAUUUUUUGAAAUGCCAUAAUUCUGUUUUCCACUGCCUCUACCUGAAGAUUGAGUCCAGGAUCUGGCCCCUUAACCUUCCUGGAAGAAGUGUUAACUUCUUCCAGGAAAUACAAACAGUAAAUUAAAAAGCUGUUCUAGCUACAUAUUGCUGGUGGCAUAGACUAUUUUAAACCUUUGAUACCAUGUUAUUGCCAUCUGGCAAUUCAUUACCAACAUGCUUACUGCAUUUUGUCCCAAAAAAUCUAAACCCUCUGUUUGAAGGUGUUAAGACUUAUUACUGUGUCUUUCAGCAUCGUCUGCCAUGGAACAUAAACAAUUAAGAAGGCACAAUCUUGCUCCCAUUAAUGUCAAAGGUAAAACUCCUGUUGAUCUCAGUUGGAGUAGGUUCAGGGUCUAUGUGACUAAAGUGCAUGUAGUAUAAAUGCUAUUUUUUUUUCAGUACAUGUACUGUUUAGUUCUAUAUCUCUAGUCUGCUAACUUCUAAUAUUUUAGAUGUAGGGAUGAUUUAUGGUAAAAAAAAAUUAACCAAGUAUAAUUGUGUGUAUUAUACUAAUAUUCAUGAUUGGAUUAUUCACUAUUCUACCUUGGUAUAUCAUGCUCUUUCCAGCACUAAGCAGAACUGAAGACAAAAAAAAAUAAAAUACAGGAAUUCAGGGCAGGUGGCUCUGUAACAAAGCUGGUGGUGACUACACAGGACUAGAGGUGGGAAAUGGGCUUUUAAAAUGACAUCCAUUAUGACUAGAAGUUUUUAUCUCUUUCAGAAAUUUUGUAACUGUUUUCAUUAAUCUGUUGUUGAUGACAAGCUGUAGUGGAGGAUUCUACAGCAGAAUUAGAAACACUGCUGUUUAACUGCAAAAAAUUCUAUACCUAUUUAAGUUGGUAUCCAGAUGCUGGCCAGGGGGGUGUAUUUCAGGGAGCUGAACUUGGUGCACUGGGAAAUGAACUUCUUUAGAGGCAUAAUCAACUUAAAAACUAAAAACAAACAAAAAACCCACUUCCAUCUGAAAUGCUUUUCCUACUGUUAUUACUUGUGAUUACUAAUAAUUGAAAGAGACUGGAACAGAAACUACAACUCUUUUGAUCUUUCAUUUGACAGACCUCUGUAUACAUUGUUUCACAGUUUCCUCUGUGUAGUCAGGCCACCAUCUUGCAAAUGUUGUGUGCCUAUGUGCCUAUGUUUGAACUACUUGUAUGAGUGAAGUUAGGUACAUUAAGUAUUUGCAUGAUUGGGCCCUUAGUCAUUUCUCUGUGUUUUUCUUUCAUCUGUUGUGUACAAGAAUUGCACAAACAUGUUUUAAACUUCAUGAAGUGUUUGUAAAAUCACAGAAAUGGGCAGGGGAACUCAAAAGUAGGUGUAAUACCUGAAACUAUUUUUAAUUCCCAAGAGGAUCCUGAUUGGACUCUCUUGGUGCCAUGAUAGUAUAAAUCAUAGAAUAUCCGGGUUGGAAGGGACCUCAGGAGGUCAUCUAGUCCAACCCCCUGCUCAAAGCAGGACCAAUCCCCAGACAGAUUUUUGCCCCAGAUCCCUAAAUGGUCCCCUCAAGGAUUGAACUCACAACCCUGGGUUUAGGAGGCCAAUGCUCAAACCACUGAGCUAUCCCUUCUCUCCUCCCUCCAAUAUUAAUAAUAAUGCAACUAUAUGCUGUUUUCUUGCUCUCCCUGGUUACUGCACAGACGUUCCCAGGUAAGAAAUCUGCCUCAACAUGUGAUCCUAUUGGUACUUCAAUUGUAAAUUCAAAGCUGUAAGAAAUGUAACUUGAAGGCAAGUGGGAAGUUUGAAUUACAACAAGGAUAGAAAUGUUUUCAGAUUCUAUUUCCAUUCCACUUUAAAAUAUAAAUAUAGUCUUGCAGCUCUUAAAAAAAAAAAACUCAGGCCUCAAUUAUUCAAGGGUUUUGUACUAUGCCCAGUAAGAUUCUUACUUUUGAUAUAAGUGGUCAAAAUAGUUUGUGUUAACUUCAAAAAAAAAAAUCUGGCACCCAUCUCCAUAUUUAGGCACCUGAGUGACCUUAUUUUUUUCAGAAAUUUUGAGCCUUUGCAGCUCCCAUUAAAAAUCUGGCCAUUUUUAUGUAAGUGCCUACAUAUGGAGAUGGAUGUUUAACUUCAAGAAUCCAAAAUGAAACUUUUAGCCAGUAUUGCUUCAAAUUUUUGUUUCACUUUCACUAUAUGAUUCAUUCCAUAACACUGAGUUUGGCAAAGCUGUGCCUGAGCGCUGUUUAAUGUAUUAUAUCACGUCAAGACUCCAGCCCUCUAGUGCCCUUUCACUGUUUUAUAUUGGUAGGGCAAAUCAGGGCCACCCAGAGGGGGCGGGGGGCAAUUUGCCCUGGGCCCCUCAGGGGCCUCCACGAGAAUAUACUAUUCUAUAGUAUUGCAACUUUUUUUUAUGGAAGGGGCCCCUGAAAUUGCUUUGCCCCAGGCCCCCUGAAUCCUCUGGGCAGCCCUGGGGCAAAUAUAGGAUUGUCAGACUUGUGCUAGAAUAUUUAAUAAGAUCCAUUUUGUUUAUAAAUCUGAGAGUAGUAUGCUAUUCUGACUCAGUACAAUAUCAUCAGUGUACAUAACACUGAUAUGUCAGAGACAGGCCAAUGUGUACAUCAGAUCCAAUGUAGCAGUGUAAAAAUCUCUAUAUAGUUUAUAUUUCAUACAAUCUUAAAAUAACUAUCAAUUUAACCAGCAGUCAUAUCAUGCUCAGAUCCCAUAAAUUACUUAUGUGGCAGACCGACUCAUCUGAGUGUCAGACCUUCCUACCUUCCACUAAUCUACUUUUUAAAAACAAAAAACUGUGGAAUAAAAAACUUUAAUCCCCAUUUUCUGGACUGUCAUGCUCUAGAUCCUAGGAUGUAUUACGAGAGAAGGUACAGUUUCACUUCCAGCAAUCCAUGGUUUUAGGGUCCUAAAAUAUCUGCUCACUCGGUGGUUUAGAGUUGUUUGUUUUUUAAGCUAUCAAACUGAAAACUUGCAUGUUUUCUACCUGUUUACUUUUUAAACAUUUUAGCCCACAUUGUGAUCUUAGGGAUAAGUAACUAGCUGCAUUUCCAAAUGAUGAAUAGUGAACAUGCACUUCUGUUUCUAAAAUUGCUGUACAGUUGCUUAGUCCUACAAGCUUUCUCCGUUUAUGUAUAAAAUGGAAAAUAAUAAACCCAUUAUGUAACUGAAA